AUACCUGUGUUCAAAACUGAUGUUUAUUCUUUUCUGUUCAAUAUAACCUAUAAGUACUUCUUAUUAAUGUAAUAUUCAACUAGUAAUUCGUAACUUUGAAGUUGUAAAUAAAUUGAAAAAAUAUAUUUUAAUUUAGUUAAUCAACAUUUAUGUAAACAUGAAAAUUUUUUCAAAUAGAACAUAUAAUUUGUUAAUGAUAAAUUAUGUUAAUGCGACUAUGUGACGAUGUUAAUUAGUGCAUAUUAAAUUUUUUAUUAAUCUUGUAGUUCCAAACGAUAUUUAUAAUGUUUGCUGUACAUAUAUCAAAUAUACUGAUGAGGUCUUCACCUUCACAUCUUUCUCGGGCUGUAUAUAUUAGAACUCCUUUUGAUUCUCUUUACUUUGGUCACUGUCGAUCAUUCAAAAGACAAGUUGCUGGGCGGCCGUGGAAUUAUGGUAAGCUAAACAAAUGUUGUAGCCAACGUAUAAAUUCAUGGAUCACAGAACAAGGGUUUAAAAUAAUUUGUACAUGUAUAAAGCAGUUAGAAUUUAUGGCAGCACAACGCAUUGAACGAAGUGUUCAGGUAUUUCAAUUCUAUAUAAGACUAUGGGACAAGGUUAUUCUAAAGGAACUCAUUAAAUUUUGGAGAAAAAAAUCUUUUCAUAAAAAUAAAACAUAUCUUUUGAGUACAAUAGGCAUUGUUGCUUAUAACUGGGAUAAAGAACGAAUAACUAAUGAAGAAAUGGAAAGUUAUACCCAAGAAAUAGACGAAAUUUAUAAAUUACGUACUUCUACUGUAAUAUGUUCUCAGUGUCAUAAACGUCUAAUAAUUGAUACUGUACAAAAUGGUGUUGAUUACUGUAAUUGCUAUGGAAUUAAUCAAGCUAAGGCCAUUAAUAAAGAAGGUAAUUUUACUAAUUUUAUUCAGACUUUAAAUUUUAAACACGAGGUAAUUCUGAUAAAAAUAAUCACAGAUGAAUCUUGGGAACCUUUUAUUGAACGAGAAGAUAUGUUAAUAUGGCGUAGAUUAGACUCAAACUCAGGAUUAUACGCUUACAAAGUAUAUGGAUCCUUUUCUGAUGUUACUGCAGCUGAUUUUCUUCAAGUACAAUUAGAUAUUGAGUACAGAAAAAAGUGGGAUAAAACUGCUAAAGAAUUAGAUAUAAUAGAUACUGAUCCGCUUACGGAAUCAACAGAAAAUUGUCGCAGUGAUAUCGUGUACUGGGAAAUGAUGUGGCCUAGAUUGUUUGCAAAUAGAGACUAUGUCUAUCAAAGAAAAUGGAUGCACAAUAAGGAAAAAGAUACAGUUGUUAUUGCAAGUAAAGCAACGGAACAUCCAAAAGCUCCUAAUAGGACUGAUACCUAUAGGGUAAAAUCUUACUGGUCUUUCAUGGUUAUAAAGCCAUAUAAAGAUAUAAAUGACUUUGGAAUAGAGUUUGGGUUGACAUAUUUCGAUGAUCCCGGCAUGAAUAUACCAUCAGCUGUUACUUCUUGGGUUGCGAUGAGCGGUUUACCAGAUUAUUUAUGCCGAAUGAGAGAAGCAACCAGAAAUUAUAAAAAGUAUAAGGAAAAUAGAGAGAAACUUUUGACAAGUGUUGUUGACAAACAGACAUGCGAUAAAGUAAUUUUAAAUGAGCAGUCUUCGAAUGAAGAGUCAAAAUCAAAUAAAUUAGACAAUACGCAGUUGGAAAUAAUUUCAUCAAAAUAUGAAAUUCCGUUUUCAUCACAUAUAAAAAACGUUUUAGAUGUCCAAGAAAAGGAAAAAACAAAUGAAAUUGAUAAUUUUCAUGAAGAAGACGAGGGAUUCUUAAAUUAUUUUUUUUUCACAAGGCUGUUUGCUUAGUGAUAAAUCUGCUAAAUUGUUUUAUUUAGAGAUUAAAUAAAUAUAAUGUUUUUAUUCCUCUAUUAAUGACAAACAUCUUGUUAGACAAUUAAUAAAUCAGUUUCCUUGUUUCAGGAGAAUUUUAAUGAUUAGCUUUUAGUAAAUAAUUCACCAAUGAAAAAUAGUCGAAUAAUAUUUUAAUAAAUAUUCAUACAUGAAUAAA